CUACUGCGCAUGACUUGGACUGCUCGCGUGAAGUAGGCUUGGCCUAAACGUUUUCAUCCUGUUCGAAACCGAAAUCGCACUCGCACGGCCGCCGAUUUAAGGUAAAAGUCUAAAAGGAGUCCUAACUGCUUAUGUAUAUGGCGUUACGAGCAUGAACUGAACGCGUUUGGAUUUUGCGGCGAUCAGGAGCAGCUUCCGUUCGCCUCGCGUGUCACACUAGGCCCGCUGACCCACAUUCGCGAGAGCGCUCGAGGAAGUGCGUGCUUGAAAUUCAGCAUUGCUUUUCUCGGCGAAGGAGCUCAGAUCUGUUCAGGCUCCUGUGUGGAAGUGUGAGAGUGUUUUUUUGGGUAGGCUUUCACAGUUGCAGCUCCUCUUCACCAAUGUCUUCCCAAUGCAUCAGGUUUUCUAACCCCAGACUGAUCCAUGAGACGGCGUUAUCAUGAGCUCCAGGGAUGAUGGUAGUGUUUUUGAUGGGCUGAUGGAGGAAGAGGGGAAAGAUAAGGCGAAAAGAGUUUCCAGAAAUAAGUCAGAGAAGAAAAGGCGAGACCAGUUCAAUGUCCUCAUUAAAGAACUUGGCACCAUGUUGCCCGGAAACACACGCAAGAUGGACAAGUCAGCAAUAUUGCAGAAAAGCAUAGACUACCUAAGCAAGCACAAAGAAAUUGCUGCACAGUCUGAGUCAAGUGAGAUCAAGCAGGAUUGGAAACCCCUGUUUCUUAGCAAUGAGGAGUUUACACAGCUGAUGCUAGAGGCGCUGGAUGGGUUCUUCAUAGUGAUGCUGACAGACGGCAACAUCGUUUACAUCUCAGAAAGCGUAACCUCCCUACUUGAGCAUCUGCCUUCGGACCUGGUGGAUCAGAACCUUUUGAACUUUCUUCCAUUGGGGGAGCAUGAAGAAGUGUAUAAAGCGCUGUCAUCACACCCAGACAUUGAAAACCUCAACUCUGAUUACCUCAAAUCCAAGAGCCAGUUGGAGUUUUGUUGUCAUAUACUCAGAGGUUCUGUGGAUCCCAAGAAACCGCCGGUGUAUGAAUAUGUCAAGUUUAUUGGCAACUUUAAGUCACUCAUCAACAUGCCUCUUGCAACCCGAAAUGGCCUUGAGGGAAUUUUGCAGCACUCGUUGCAGCCAGCCUUCGACGAUAAAGUCUGCUUUAUUGCGACUGUGAGGCUCGCCAAACCCCAAUUCAUCAAAGAGAUGUGCAUGGUGGAGGAGCCCAACAAAGAAUUCACGUCUCGACAUAGUCUGGAGUGGAAGUUCCUCUUAUUAGAUCACAGAGCACCUCCUAUCAUUGGCUAUAUGCCCUUUGAGGUGUUGGGAACGUCAGGCUAUGACUAUUAUCACGUAGAUGACUUGCAUUUACUGGCCAAAUGCCAUGAGCAUUUAAUGCAGUUUGGAAAAGGGAAAUCUUGCUAUUAUCGCUUUUUAACUAAAGGGCAGCAGUGGAUUUGGCUCCAGACUAACUACUACAUCACCUAUCACCAGUGGAACUCGCGACCAGAGUUUAUCGUGUGCACGCACACCGUUGUGAGUUACGCCGAGGUGCGAGCAGAGCAGAGGAGAGAGAUGGGUAUAGAAGAAUCUCCCCCUGAGCUGACCGGAGACAGGCAGUGUCAGAUUUCUGGCUCUGAAGCGCAGUUAAACUCCUCCAGACUGAAGGAGGUUCUGGAGCGUUUCAGUAACAGUCGCUCACCCUCCACCUCCUCAAGGAGCUCCCGCAAGUCCUCGCACACCGCCGUCUCUGACAACACCUGCACCUCAACUCCCUCUAAACUACAGAUGGAUGUGAGCACUCCACCCCGGCCCACCACUGUUGAUAUGACAUCCCAACGUCGUUCCUCUGUCAGCACCCAGUCCGUGAGUUCUCAGAACACAAAUCAGACUGGAUCUCCGGUCCAAACCAGCCAACAACAACAACAUCCUCCGCCACAGCAGCAGGUUCAACCUAACGCCCUGUUCUCUGUGCAGUUGAACGCAAUGCAGCACCUGAAGGACCAGUUGGAGCAGAGGACGCGCAUGAUCGAAGCUAACAUUCAGAAACAGCAGGAGGAACUGAGGCAGAUUCAUGAGCAGCUCCAGAGGGUGCAGGGACAAGGCACUCAGAUGAUACUGCAGCAGUCGGGUGGUGGACUUAGUGUACAGUUGCCGCAAGUUGGAGGAGCACGGACUAACAUUUUAGGGGUUGGAGCACAGACUGGGGUCGUAACUAUACAGGGCCAAAAUGUGACGAGUACAGCACAGAGUGGAACUGUCCCACAGCAACAGAAUGUACAGGGCUCUUCUGUUACACAGCCUGUAUAUAAUACCAUGAUGAUCAGCCAGCCUGCCAAUGCCAAUGUUGUGCAGAUACCCAGCAGUCUGGCACCAAGAAUCAAUGAGGGCAAUGCAAUAAACAGGUUUCCUGCCGGGCAGCAGGUGGUCACUAAGAUUGUGACGGCUCCAAUGGCAUGUGGUGCUGUCAUGGUACCCACAACAAUGUUUAUGGGUCAGGUGGUGACAGCUUACAGCCCGUUUCCACAGCAACAAGGUCAGACACAGACCAUAGCACUGCAGACUCAGUCAACAGCGCCUGCAGAACAACAGGCUCAAGCUGCCACGUUACAUACGAGUCAACAGCAGGGGGCGAUGCAGCAGCAACCGUUUUUACAGAGCACACACCUUCUCCAUGGCAACCAGUCCACACAACUGAUCCUGCAGGCUUUCCCUAUUCAGCAGCAAGGUACAUUUCCUCCAUCACAACAGCAGCAGCAACUGAAACCACAGACUCAAAAACAGCAGAAAACAACCCCCUCUCUUCAGACGGACAGCACUAGUGCCCAAUCUCAGUAACAGGGAUGAACACAACGGCCAAUUAGAUGGAGGAGCCAUCUCACAUAUUCGCUUCUAGGAUUUUAUUGGUGCUGUAUAUAAUUUGAAAGCUCUAUGCUAAAACAGCUCUUCCUGGCAGCAUCUUAGAAGCUUUUAUGACAAGGAACUCCCUCAACAUGGCAGCUGCAUGGAACACAACACCACCAGAUGGACGCUGUGGCAACCGUGCGGAGCCUUUCACCGAACCAACAGGUGGUUGCCAAACUCAUUAUUUAUUUCAACAACAGAGAGCAUAGGAUUGCUAGCCUUUGCAUGGUCUUUGCCAAACAGAAAACCCUGUUCUCAGUCUUUCACUGUAAACAGUCCAAAGAACAGUGUUUUUCUGUAGUCUCAUGUACUAUACCGUGUAAAAACACAACCGUAAAGGAACAAAGCAAGAUACUGAAUAUUUUAUAUGCUGCAUGAAAAGUGUAAACUUUCAUUUGUAAUUCCAGCUUUAGGAUUUACAUUGAGUAUUAUUUUAAUUUGAACGUUUUUAUAUUGUGUGUAUAGUGAUGCUUUCUAUGUUUAACCCUUACCUGACAAUGGUCUCUUCACGUAUAGUUAGUGUGCGUCAUAGUUUGUUCUGGAGGUUUUUCUGAGGCACUAGUUUUUUGGGAAAUUAUUAUACCCCUAGUCUCUGACGUACACAAAAACCCGCCCACUUUAAGUUUAUUUCUAAUUAUCGCAGACAUUUGAUGCAGAAGAAUCAAAUUUAAUAGUUUUUAAGUAGCAAAUUUAAGCUACUUUGUUUAAAAACUAUCUACUUCCAAUUUUUGUUGAAUGUUAAUUUGCUUUUUAGUCAUAGUAGUCCACUAAAAAGUUUUUGUGCACCUUUCCCCUUACUUUUAGCACUUAUUGUGUUCAUACACACUAAAAUAGUCCUUCCUUCUAAUAAUGGUCUUUUAAGUUAGUUUGUGUGUGUGUGUGUGUGCAUGGACGGUACGUGUAUUUCUCAGACGAGAAUGACACGCCUUGAAUAAGCUUUCAAAUCCUCAUUCAUAAAUGCUUUGUUCUCCCUCAUAGUUUUGGGAGCUAUGCAAGAAGCCACAUCCAGGGCACAGCAUUUCUAUACGUGUGACUGAGGACGGUCUGGAGUACUGUGGAUCUUUUAAAUCCCAUUUUCAGGAAAAGAAUGAUUAUACCGUCCUCUUCCUAGUUUGAUUUCCAAAGUUGUAAUUCAAACCGAAGCAGGGUUAUUGUGCAGAUGUAGAGUCUUAAAGUUAAGAGUGAUCUUCCUUUUGUGUGUCUGUGUGUGUGUGUGUGUGUGUGUGUGUGUGUGUGUG